AUGGCGAUAUCGUGGAAAUCCUUCGACUUCUUCGACGUCGCCGAAGUCCGACUCGCCGACGACGAGACCCGACAAGUCUUCGAGAGCAACGAUAUAUCAUGCGUCAUAUCCGGGUCCGAAAGCCUCUUCCUCGGCUCCUACGAUGGCUACGUCCGCAUCGUCAAUUCGAACUGGAAGGUCGUCCGGAGCUUCCUGGCUCAUGAUGUCGGAACCAUUACCCAUAUGCGCCAGGUCGAGGGGACGAGUUUGCUGGUGACGGUUGCCGAAGAUCUCAGUAGCCCCCCGGUGCUCAAGCUAUGGGCGCUCGACAGACUCGUGAAGAAGACCAAUAUGCCAACUUGCCUGACGACCUUCGCUAUCAACAACGGGAAGCAGCAGUUUCCGAUAUCGGCCUUUGCCGCCAUCAAUGAUCUUACACAGAUAGCCGUCGGCUUCGCGAAUGGUGCCGUAACCAUAGUCCGGGGAGACCUCGUCAACAACAUGGAGCCGAAACAACGAAUCGUGUACGAGUCCGAAGAGCCGAUAACAGGCCUUGAACUAUUCUAUUCGGCCGAAUCGAAAGAGACUACAAUCUUCGUUGCGACAACGAGUCGGAUAAUGCGAUUGGUCGUCUCGAGGCGAGGACAAGGUUCACCCCCAAAGACAGUCGAGGAUGCCGGCUGCGGCGUGGGAUGCAUGACGACGGAUAAGAAGAGUGACAAAAUAGUUGUCGCGAGAGAGGACGCAAUAUAUUAUUACACGAUGGACGGCCGAGGCCCCCCUUGUGCCUACGAAUCCCCGAAGAGUCUUGUUUCGAUAUACGGUGACUAUAUAGCGCUCGUAUGUCCGCCCACAGACCAGUCGACGAGGGAGCCCGAGACAAUACGACGGCGCUUUGGCGGUGCCGCAGAUGCGCUUUUCAAUGCGUCAACAUUUGUACUCCUGGAGCCGGAGCACCGUGUUAUUGCGCACAGCGAGUCCUUAAUAUCAGCGGUGAAGGCGGUCUUUGAGAUUUGGGGAGAUUUGUUUGUGAUGACGCAAGAUGGAAAGGUCAAACGAUAUCACCAGAGGACGCUUCAGCAGAGACUUGAGAUGCUUUAUCAAAGGAACAUGUUUCCGUUAGCGCUCGAGCUAGCGAAGAGCGCAAGAAUGGAUAGCCGGCAACAGAGUGCGAUUUGCAAGCUGUUCGGCGAUCAUUUGUACCAAAAGGGAGACUACGAUGCGGCCAUGGUUCAGUACAUUCGCGCGAUAGACACCACGGAGCCCUCGCAAGUUAUCCGCAAGUUCCUUGAUACGCAACGCAUUCACAACCUCAUCCAGUACCUCGAACAACUCCACGAACACAGGAAAGCCACGGCGGAUCACACGACACUUUUGCUCAACUGCUAUGCUAAGCUGAAGGACAUUGAGAAGCUCGAGGCGUUCAUCAAGUCUCCUGGAGACUUGAAGUUUGAUCUGGACACGGCAAUCUCGAUGUGUAGGCAAGGCGGCUAUUACGAGCAAGCGGCGUAUCUCGCUGAGCAGCAUGAGGAAAUUGACCUCGUGGUUGACAUUUUGGUGGAAGACUCUAAGAACUAUGAUGAGGCGUUAAGUUUUAUCCGGCAGCAGGAUCCCGAGACGGCCUACAACUGUCUCAUGAAAUACGCGAGGGUGCUUAUCGAGAAUUGCCCCCGUGAUGCUACGCAGCUAUUUGUUGAUUACUAUACAGGGAAAUACCGGCCAAGGCCAAAGAUGGUGGAAGUUACCCCAGAGGCUAUAGAAGCGGCCCAGGGAGGCCUGGCUGCUGGAGCAGCCGUAGCGGUACAGAACUUUACCAAUUUGAUCGCACUUCGUGGGAACGGCACGCCGUCUACGCCGACUAACGCCAACGCGCCAAUUAACGGCCAAGGGGAUGCUGUUGCUGCGGCUGCGGCAGCGGAGGAUGUGGCUACCUCGGACUACACUCCGCCAGCGCCUAGAACGGCUUUUUCGUCAUUCAUUGACCAUCCGAACGAAUUCAUCGUGUUCCUAGAAUCAUGUCUCGAAUCCCCGGAGCUGAGCAAAUCUGACAAGACGGAUCUAUACACCACGUUGUUCGAAAUGUACCUUCACAAAGCAAGUGAGAAGAAAGGAGAAGGCCGAGAGGAAUGGGAAGCCAAAGCCAAGAAGCUCAUCGGCGGUGAGGAUAUACCGAUGGAGAGCUCCAACGUGCUUCUGCUCUCGGACCUCUCGGGAUUCAAGGACGGCACGAUUCUAGUCAAGGAACAGGCAGGCCUGCUCUUUGACAUCUUCCGAUCGUAUACCUCUGCGAAGGACACCCGCGGCGCUAUGAAGGCGCUCCGGAAGUACGGACCCGAAGAGCCGCAGCUCUACCCAGCGGCGUUGGCUUACCUCACAUCACACCCGCAGAUCCUCGAUGAGGCAGGGCCGGACGAGCUAGCGGGUGUGCUCAACAAGAUCGACAAGGACGGGCUAAUGGCGCCGCUGCAGGUGCUACAAACGAUGAUGGGACAGGGCGGCGACGGCGGUACCGGCGAGGGUGGCGUAGCGACGAUGGGCAUGAUCAAGCCGUACCUCCACGAGAUCAUCGACCGCGAGCGCCGCGAAAUAGCCUCGAAUCGCCGGCGCAUCGCAGCCUUCCGAUCCGAAACGGAACAAAAACGCACCGAACUGGCCGAGCUCAGCACCAAACCCGCAGUAUUCCAGGCGACGCGGUGCUCGGACUGCGGACAGUCCCUCGAGCUCCCCGUGGUUCAUUUCCUGUGCAAGCAUAGCUUCCACCAGCGGUGUCUGCGGGGCGGGGGCGCGGGUCCCGAAGCGGAGUGUCCGCUGUGCGCCAAGGAUAACGCGACGAUCCGGGCGCUGAGGAGGAGUCAGGCAGAGAAUGCGGAUAAGCAUGAGUUGUUUAGGAAUGAGCUUGAGAGGAGCGAGGAUCGGUUUGCCACUGUGGCGGACUGGUUUGGGAGGGGGGUGAUGGAUGUGCCGAAUGUAGAGUAG